AAUUCAAGAAGAGAAACACGGAGACAAUUUACUAUCCUUUCAUUAUUCCUCAUAUUCAUUUUUCCAUUAACUUUUCAGGGGUUCUACUUAUUGAUGAAAUGAAGUUAACUCCAGGGACUACUUUUAACAAGGAAACUUUGGAGGUUGACGGUGUUGCUCAGCUAGAGGAUAAUGAAGUGAAUCCAGAGAACAAUGAUGGAGCCACAAAUGAUGAAAAUCCAGAGACUAAUAGAGUCACAAUUGAAGGGGAUCCGGAGGGGAAUGAUGAUGAUCCCGAUGACCCCUGUCCUCCUCCCCCUAAAAAAGCAAAGAAAACAAAAACACAACCAAUUAAAAAAAGAAAGAAGAAGUCUCAGAAACAGGACACCUUCUUAUUUGACAAGUGCCUUACUUUUUAUAACUUCAGAAUGAACAAGUACUGA